AUGUUUUGUCUUUAUUUCAGGUGCAUGACUGAUAGCAAGAGCAGCAGGUGGUCCAAAUUCAUCCAAAGUGGACAAAGAAAUGUUGUGCGGUUCUCCUUGGAUGCAUUUAUGUUUCAUGGGAUGUUGGGAGAGCAUCUUUACAUGCAUUGUGAAAUAUCCGUCGGAAAUUUCAAACCAUCAUCAAGUGCAAAAUCCUGCGCGUACAACCAGCUAACAAAACGAUGGGAAGAGUUGUACGGUUCAAAUGAUGCUUGCCUCUGCUGCGACUCCACGUGUUUGUCGUCUGACCUCUCUGUGUCCAGUAAGGUCAUCACCAGUGAGCCCUGGGUCAUGGAGUCUGAAUUAGAAAUUGACAGUGAAGAGCAAACCUCUCCAUUCAUGACAGAGGAGGUAGGAACAGGUUUUGUUGAAGUAAUAACAACACAGACCGCUGAGACUGGACCUCGUCGUGUUGUGGCAGACCCAGCCGCGGUGAAGGAAGUCGAUACAUUUGUGGAGCCACGCAGAAUAUUUGAGGAGGUAUUUGGAAUGGACUAAACAAAAAGGACUGACUAAAAGACUUUUAUGAUUUACUUUUGAGUUAAAUUGCACGUGAUUUGUUAAACAAUACAUGAUGCACACUUUUGAUAAUGUAUCACUAAAAUAUGCACCAUAUGUCUGUGAGACAAUUAUGUCUUGGGAAUUGCUAAUGUAAAGCACAUAAAAACUACACUACACUCUAAUACACAAUGGUUUUUAGCAGUGAAAAAUUAUUAAAUGUUAUUUUUUGUUCUCCAAACUAAAAAAGAAUAUG